AUCCCCUUCGCCAAAAAAAAAAAAGAGUCCAACCCGUUCGUUGCCAAUCAUGUCGCAGUCGCGCCCGCCGUCCCCGAUGCUCUCCGUCCCGGAGAAGAAGACCGCCGCCGCCGAGCUAUUCCGCGAUCGCCACUUCUUCAACUCCGCCUCCUUUUCCGACAUCCGCGACGCCCGCGCGGCGCUUUCCGCCGCAACCCCAAACCCCCAGGAUCAGGCGCCCGCCUUCCGCCGCGCCCUCCUCCUCCGCUACCACCGGCUCCUCUUCUCCGCGCGGGACGACCCCUGCGCCUUCGACGAGACGCUCGCCUUCACCUGGCACGACGCCUUCCGGCCUCACCUCAGGCACGCCUCCGCGUCCCUGCGCUUCGAGAAGGCCGCCCUCGUGUUCAACGUCGGCGCCGCCUCCUCGAGGAUCGCGACGGCCGUGGUCCGCGAGACGGAGGGCGGGGUCAAGGCGGCGUGCGCGGAGUUCCAGCGGGCUGCGGGAGCGUUCCGGGCGGUGGGUGAGAUGAUGGAGGGGGAGGAGGGGGCGACGGUGGAUAUGAGCCCGCAGGCCGCGUUGAUGCUGGAGCGGCUCAUGCUCGCGCAGGCGCAGGAGUGCUGCUUCGAGCGCGCUCUCGCCGCGGGGACGUCGCCGGCGGCAUGCUCCAAGGUGGCCAGGCAGGCUGCCCUAUACUAUGAUGAAGCGUAUGCUGCACUUGUUGCCCCUCCACUACAGAACCACUUUGAAAGAUCUUGGGUAUCUCAAAUCCAAUUGAAAGCUGCUCAGUUCAAUGCAGAAGCUUGCUAUAGGUACGCUAUUGAACUCCAUGAGAAGACCGAAAUUGGUGAGGAAAUAACUCGACUGCAGGUUGGAAUUAAUGCAAUUGUGGAUGCUAAGAGAACCGCCAGGGGAGCCCCUGGGCCCCUUUAUGAUUCUGCUUCCAAACUAGAACAAGAUAUGAACCGGAGCUUGGAGAGGGCAGUAAAUGAGAAUAAUCGCAUCUACCUUAUUCGAAGCCCGGCUGCCAAAUCCCUGGCUCCUUUGCCAGCAGCUUCACUUGUCCGUCCUGCGUCCCUGAGUGAGAUCCUAGAUGCAAAGACAGAAAAUGGCCCUCAACCUUCGGAAACGAGUGCUUUGAGGUUGUGAAACUAUAGAAUGACACGUGCAUUACUGCAUUUGCACUUUAAGAUUGUCUGCUGCCGCCAAAUUGCUAUUCUUCUUCCUGUAAAGUUUCGUGUUCACUCGCUCGGAUUAGCAGGGGAUCUGCUAAAGAAACAUUAUAGAAUAGCACCCUUUGAUGAGAGAUAUGAGCAAGAGGCUUCAAACUUGCUAUCUACAUGGUGUAGUUAAAGGGCCAAUAAAAAGUCGUUUUCUUGCUUGGUUUUUA